AUGUCGUUUAAAAGCUUCUCGGGCCAGGCGGGACCCGCCGGACCCGCCGGAGAAAAACCCAUUCCAUUCCAAUUCGGCACUGCCGGCCGCCGCCCUCCCUCACCUUCUCCCCCAAUCACCCCUCCUUUCCCCAACUCCGCCCCUCUCCGAUCUCCUCCCAGACCUUCAGCUGUAGGGCAACCGCAUUCGCCACAGUUGGCAUUUCAAGGUUCUCAUCCGGGUGCAACUCAUUCUUACCGACCUUCUGGAGUGCAAAGGUCCCCUGAAUCUCUUCCUAGUUGGAAUGGUGCGCAGAGACCCUUGUUGAAAAAUAAUGAUACCAUGGUUCAUCAAAGACCAUCUGCCGUCACAUCAUUUGUUGUUUCUCGUAAUUCUGGAAAUAGUGUUACUGCCAAGAUUUCCAGAUUCCAAGACACGCGAGGGAACAGAUCUCCUCCCUUUGUGUCAAGAGAUGUAAAUAUAAGAAAUUCCACUCAAAGUGUUCCGAGAAGUCAUGUAGUUCCUCCAAGAACGCAAUCACCUACCUUGACUUCAUAUAACUAUCAGCCUGUUGAGGAUUUCAAUCAUGUUGGUGGAGAUGAAGGUCACUUGUUUCCUCCAAGAACACGGUCACCGCCCUCAUCAUCUUACAACUAUCAUCCUGUUGAGGAUUUUGAUCGUUUUGGUGGAGUUGACGGUAACUUGGUUACUCCACAAACACGAUCACCUCCCUCAGGCUCCUAUAACCAUCGUCCUGUUGAGGACUUUGAUCGUUCUGGUGGAGUUUUAGGGCCUUCUGUAUCUCCUGUGGGGUCAAAUGCUACUUCAAGUGCAAUUUUCAAUACUCGCGAUUCUCGGGUUCAGCAAAAAUCUUUGCAGUCUUCAAACAAUACCCUUUCUGAAGCUGUUGCAAACAAUUUGACCGACAUACCCAUUGCCAAAAGAAUGAGGUCGCCUCCUUUACUUCCCGAGGAUCAAAUCUUCAAGGGAGACUCAUAUGCCACUCAAGACGGUACUGAACGAGAAAUGCAAGCAAAAGCAAAGAGAUUAGCCCGCUUCAAGGUUGAAUUAAGCAAAAGUCCACACAAUGGUAAUGAUAUCGUAGAGCAGGGCGUUUCUGCGUCUAGAAAUGAACAAUCUAAUGUUGAGAGGAACAGAUCAGUUGCAUAUAGUUCUACUCAACUGGCUAGGGAUGUUACUGAUGGAAAUGCUGUAUCCGAGUGUGAAGGCGUAGAAUCCUCUGGUAUCAUUAUUGGUGUAUGCCCAGAUAUGUGUCCAGAUUCAGAGAGAGCGGAGCGAGAAAGGAAAGGGGAUCUUGAUCAGCAUGAGCGUGUGGAUGGGGAUAGAAAUCAAACUAGCAUGUCCCUUGCUGUUAAAAAGUAUAACAGGACAGCUGAGCGGGAUGCAAACUUGAUAAGACCAAUGCCGAUCCUGCAGAAUACAAUGGAUUAUUUGCUCAGUCUGCUUGAUAAACCUUACAACGAUACGUUUCUUAGCAUAUAUAACUUCUUGUGGGAUAGAAUGCGGGCAAUUCGAAUGGACCUAAGAAUGCAACACAUCUUUGACCAAGAGGCUAUUAAUAUGUUGGAGCAAAUGAUAAGACUUCACAUAAUUGCCAUGCACGAGUUAUGUGAAUACUCAAGAGGAGAGGGGUUUGCUGAAGGAUUUGAUGCUCACCUCAAUAUUGAGCAGAUGAAUAAAACAUCAGUAGAAUUGUUCCAAUUGUACGAUGAUCACAGAAAGCAGGGAAUAAAUAUUCCUACAGAAAAAGAGUUUCGAGGUUACUAUGCGCUUCUCAAGCUGGACAAACAUCCUGGGCAUAUGGUUGAACCUGCUGAGCUCUCACUUGAUCUUGCAAAGAUGACCCCAGAAAUAAGACAAACUUCAGAGGUGCUAUUGGCACGUGAUGUAGCAAGAGCUUGUAGAACUGGUAAUUUCAUUGCCUUCUUUCGACUUGCAAGAAAAGCAACUUAUCUUCAAGCAUGCCUGAUGCACGCUCAUUUUGCAAAGUUACGAACGCUGGCACUUGCUUCUCUACAAGCAGGUCUCCAGAAUAACCAAGGUCUCCCUAUUGCGGAUGUUGCCAAGUGGCUAGCUAUGGAGGAAGAGGAAAUUGAAAGCCUUUCAGUGUAUCAUGGAUUCCAGUUGAAAUCUUACAAUAAGGAGCCAUAUAUUGUAAAGGAAGGUCCAUUUCUAAAUGGUGAUGAAGAAUAUCCUACAAAGUGUUCUAAACUUGUGGACAUGAAAAAAUCAAGAAGGAUAAUGAAGGAUGUUAUAGCUUCUGGUCAAGUUGUAUCCUUGCCUGCAGAAGCUUCAAAUGAAACUCAGCUGACUAAGCCAAAUACACUUGGAGCAAAAAGUUCGUCAUAUGGUGAAGGGGGAAGUCUUAUCCAGAAUGUACUAUCUGUUCCUGUAGUAAAUUCCAUCCCUGAACUUGAUGAAGAAAUGCCCAAUUGUGAAGUUGUUUCAUCCCCAAGAGAUAUCAGUCCAAGGCAGAUAAGAAUUCCAACAUCUAUUUUCUCACCCCAAACAGAUGUCAGACAAAAGCAGCAUAUGAUUCAAACGCCACUAGCGUUGUCCCCAAAGGAUAGCAGAGAGCAGCAAGUGAUUAACAUGCCAUUUGUUGGUCGUCGUCAUGAUGAUAAUCCGAUGGUUUCUUUGUCUCCUUCCCCUUGGGAUCUCUCAUCAUUUAAACCCCAACCUGAUAAAGUUGGUUUAAAUGAGAAGGCCAACAGAGAUGCUUUUUACUGUAACUUUCCAGAGAAAAGCAUGCAUUUUGGUAUGGAAGCAAUGCCAUUGCAGAUUGUGUCAAAAACAUCUCUGCAAUCUGCAGUUGGUACAAAUAGAGAUGAGGCGGAACAUUCAGCAGGCCAAAUUGUGUCUAAUAACUUGGACAAUGACGAACCUACAGAUCUUCCUCAGGACAAUGAAAGUGACGAGGAUAUGGGAAAUUAUCAACAGGAGGAAAUUGCCGAGGCAAAGCUGAAGUUGUUGUUUAGGUUAUGGAGGCGGCGUUCUGUGAAGUUAAGGGAACUGCGAGAGCAAAGGCAGUUGAUCACAAAUGCUGCAUUAAAUUCCUUAUCACUGGGACCACCAAUUCAACUGAAGAGAGAUCAACCCCACAUGCCUGGUGGCUUUGACAUUGAUCGAAUUUUGAGGGAGAGACAUCAAAAGCAAGGCCUGUCCCAGUCCAGUCUAAAUGUUUCAGAUGUAAUAGCAGAUACACUAAGCACAAGAAACCCGGAUGCUAGAUGCCUGUGUUGGAAAAUUGUUGUAUAUUCUCAGAUGAACAAUAUGGAAGGUGAUGAACUCUGGCAGAGGAACCAUGCCCUCGAAGCAGCACCCUGGUUGCUUUCAAAGCUCAUGCCUUCAAAAAACGAUGAUGAGGAUCUCUUAAUUUCAUCUCCUGGCACCUCAAUAUGGAAGAAAUGGUUUGAAGGCGAAUCUGGUUCAGACCUGACCUGCUGUUUAUCUGUAGUUAAGGAUGCAAACAGUGAUAAUCUAAAUGAGUGUGUAUCUGGUAUAAGUGCACUUUUGUUUCUUGUGUCAGAAAGUAUCCCUUGGAAAUUGCAAAAAGUCCAGCUCAAUAACCUUUUGAUGUCAGUACCGUAUGGCUCCUGCUUACCUCUUCUGAUCCUAGCUGGUUCGUUCAAGAAUGUUGCCGAUCCUUCCUCCAUUAUUGUUAGUAAUAUGGGUCUCCAUGACUUGGAUAAAUCCCGAAUACGCAGCUUUCGGAUUGUUUCCCUUCUUGAAAAUCAGAAAAGAGAGCAAUUGGACGGGUUCUAUAGUGACAACCGACUAAGGGAGGGACUCAGAUGGCUUGCAAGUGAAUCACCUCCUCAACCCAUUCUUCAUCAUGUGAAAACACAUGAAUUGAUUCUGACGCACCUGAAUUCUUCAUUGAAGGCACUAGAGAAAUUGAAAGAUUAUGAGGUAGGUCCGAACGACUGUAUCCUAGCCUUCAAUGAAGCUUUGGAUCAGUCCCAAAGGGAAAUUGCUGCUGCUGUUCAAGCAAAUCCUGCUGGUUUGCCUUGCCCUGAGAUUGCUUUACUGGAGGGAUUCGAUGAAGAACACAGGCUAGUGAAGUGGUGCUUGCCGAGGAUAGGAUGGAGCUCAGUGGCAAAAAUAGAAUCACUAAUUUCAGCUCUUGGGAACUGUAGACUUCCCACUUUUCCUAAUAGUAUCUCAUGGUUGCCGAGAUGUUCGAAUGCAAGGAAGGAGAUUGAAAGCCUGAGAGUUGAACUUGAAAAUGGCUUAAUCGGAUACCUUGCAGAUUCUAAGACAUUGGGACCUGCACUUGCUAUAAAAGAGGCACAUGUAAUGCUACAAAGAAGUUGUCGGCUUCAGUGCCAGGACUCAUGCUGCUACAUUGUGCCCAAGUGGACUAUGAUUUUUCGACGAAUCUUUAAUUGGCGGCUGAUGGGUUUGGCUAACGGGACAUUCGCUUCAGCUUAUAUCCUGGAAUGCCCUCAUCUCAAUGCAACUUUCGGAAACCUGGGUAAGUUGGAACUUGAAGAUAGAGAACCUUCAGCAUAUCACUUCAAUCAGCUGACUCUGGAUGAGGUCAUUGAAGUUUGCCGCAGCCCUCUAAUGUUUCAGAGAGAUCAGUCGUUGCAAGAAACUGAUGGAACUAUUCCGGAGACAUCUCCAAAUGGUUCAGUUCAUGAGACUCCGAGUACAUAUGAUCUUAUGGAUGAUGAGACAUGCUUAACCGAUGAUAUAGAGGACGUGUCUCACGUAAAUAGGGGACUAGAAAGUGGUGGCAGAGAAAUGAUGGUGGCUGGGAAGGAAACCAAGGAAGAUGAUAGAUUGAAUAUAUUGUUGAAGCACUGUAACAUGUUACAAAAUGGCAUAGAUAAGAAGUUGUCCAUUUAUUUCUAACCUGUUGAUAAUCUUGUAACAAUUUUGUAUUUGGUGUAUUUUAGCAAUAGAAACGGCUUUGUAGUUACCUUGACAUAAUUAUUUUUAUACGCGAGGGAUAACAUCACAGCCUUAGAACUCUCUGAUAGGCUUUUCUUUGGACAAAUGAAUGGUGUAAUAUAUAGUUGUAUUUCUUUGUUCAUUAAGAUAUUCUAUUACAACUAAAAUAUAAUAGUUGUAAUCCUUUCUCAUGCCAAUAAUGAUCAUUCUCAUUCUAAUGGAAGUAUGAAACUAUUGUUUGGCAUCCU